AUGCGCGAUGCACUACAAGUGGUGCUAGCUCUAAAGCUUCAACCAAGGGUCGAAGAAGCAGAGACUGAGGUUGUCAGGAGUAUAACUGAUGACAUUUAUAGAAAGGACAAGGCUUCGUGGGCAGCACCCACGAUAGGGAAAAUGGUGGAGGACAUGGUGCUCAGACAUGUCACUAGUAGAAAGUUGAAAAGCGGAAGCUGUGUGAAUGAAAAUGAGGAAUUUGAGGAAAUAAAAAAUAAACUUGAGGCUGAUCUUAAAGCCUCCCUUGAGACCCUUGUUAGAAAGAUAUUUAAACCGAAUAAAAAAUCAAGGUCCGAAAUAAAGGAAUUUAAUCAGCAAAUUGUGCCCAUCACCAAUGAAGUGGAAGGAAUAAAAGAUGAAGUGAAGCGGAUUGAUAAGUUUGGAGGAGAAAUAAAGCAACUCAAGGAGGAGAAUGCUUCUUUAUGCGAAGAAGUCAACAGCAUAACAACAACAAUAACUGUUGAUGAUGUGAUGAGCCAUCCCAAACGUUUUGAAGAUGGGAUGAGUUAUCUUAAAGAUGUCAAUGCUUCACUGCGGGAGCAGAUGAAGCAGCUAAUAAAUGAGUUUCAGGCAAUAAAGGAGAAAGUCCCUUCGAUGAGCCCUCUCGGAGGAGAGAAUGCUUCACUGCAGGAGCAGAUGAAAAAGCUUGGAGAGGAGUUCCAAGCAAUGAAGGACAAUAUCCCUUCAAUGAGCCCUCUCAGAGAAGAGAAUGCUUCACUGCGGGAGCAGAUAAAGCAACUUGGAGAGGAGAUACAAGAAAUGAAGAGGGAAAGCAUCGGUGUUGACGGUGAUUCCGUCAAUGGGGGCAAUUCGAGCAUCAGCAGCAAGUUUAUAGACACUGAACAAUUUCAAAGGGAAGAAGGUUCUAUGCAGAGGAAGGUAGAGGUACUUAGUGAUUUGAGGCAUUUGUUGUCGAAGUCUGAGGUGCCUCUUAUUGAAGCAGCCUUCAAAGCUGGGGCAAUUCCUGUUCUUGUGCAGCAUCUUUCAUUUGGAUCACCAGAUGAGCAGGUCCAGAAAUUUUUAGUUUUUGUUGUGGUAGUAUAUAGCUAUUGCUUGAAGCAGCCUGGUGUCUGGCUAACAUAG